UGCUACGUCGCAAGUCGCAACGACCGUGUCGCCGCCGACCGUACCACUGUGUGCGUGUCCGUUGAUCCGUUCGUGUUACCGUGUCCGAUCGUGUUUAUCGAGUGUUUGUGUGUGCGUGUGUGUGUGUGUGUGUGUGUGUGUGCGCGCGCGCACGCCGUAUAGAUCGAUAGAACGCACGACGGUCUGCCCUGCUGCACUGCCGUGUUGUUACACGCCGGCUGCUUAUCACUGUGUGUCAGUCAGCGACGUUAUCACGCCGCCGGUCCAAGACGAGUGGAUAUCAUCAUCCACGUCCCACGUUUAACAGGUUGACAUAAAUUGUUAGAGUAUGGCGGUCACAAAAAUAUGCUGUAUAGGUGCUGGAUAUGUUGGUGGGCCAACAUGCAGUGUAAUAGCUAUGCAGUGUCCACAUAUAAAAGUCACGGUUGUAGAUAUAAGUGCUCAACGUAUAUCUCAGUGGAACUCAGAAAAAUUGCCCAUCUAUGAACCCGGACUGGAUCAAAUUGUAAAGAAACAAAGAAAUGUAAAUUUGUUUUUUUCUACAAACAUCGAAGAAUCAAUCCAAGAAGCAGAUUUAAUUUUUAUAUCUGUAAAUACUCCUACAAAGACAUUUGGAGUAGGCAAAGGACGUGCUGCCGACUUAACAUACGUUGAAAACUGUGCUAGGAUUAUUGCCCAAGUUUCAACUAGUGAUAAAAUUGUAGUGGAAAAAAGUACAGUGCCAGUACGUGCAGCGGAAAGCAUAUUAAAGAUUUUAAGUGCUAACCAUAAGCCGAAUGUAAAAUUUCAAGUAUUAUCUAACCCCGAGUUCUUAUCUGAAGGCGUAGCUGUUGACAACCUAUUAAACGCAGAUAGAGUUCUUAUAGGACACGAAGAGACCGCCGAUGGCCUAUGGGCUUUUAAGGAGCUCAGUAAAGUCUAUUUGAACUGGAUACCCCAAACAAAAAUCCUCAGGACAAACACUUGGUCUUCGGAACUAACCAAACUAGCGGCUAAUGCAUUUCUUGCACAGCGGAUUUCUAGUAUUAAUUCAAUGUCUGUAAUAUGUGAAGCGACUGGGGCAGAUGUCAGUGAAGUGGCUAAAGGUAUAGGUCUUGAUUCCAGAAUUGGGCCCAAAUUUUUACAAGCAUCAGUUGGUUUCGGAGGCAGUUGUUUUCAAAAAGAUUUACUUAAUUUAGUUUAUAUAUGUGAAUGCUUAAAUCUUCCACAAGUAGCUGUUUAUUGGCAACAAGUAUUAGACAUGAAUGUUUAUCAAAAAUCUCGAUUUUCAAAUAAAAUUAUUGAAUCACUGUUUAAUACGGUUACUAAUAAAAAAAUAACAAUGUUUGGAUUUGCAUUUAAAAAAGACACAGGUGAUACUCGUGAGUCACCUGCAAUACACGUUGCUAAGACAUUACUCGAUGAAGGAGCCAAACUUAAUAUAUAUGAUCCGAAGGUGGAACCAGAACAAAUCAAAACAGACCUCACGCAUCCAUAUGUUACUGAUAAUCCAGAAAAUGUUAUUAACUCCAUCGAAAUUCACGAUAAUCCGUACAGAGCUUCAAAAUCGACACACGCCAUUGUAAUAUGCACUGAAUGGGACGAAUUUGUGAACUUGGAUUACGAAGAAAUUUAUAAGCAUAUGAUAAAACCAGCAUUUAUUUUUGAUGGUCGCAAGAUUUUGAACCAUGAAACCUUGGCCAAGAUUGGUUUUCAAGUUCAUACAAUUGGAAAACGUUAAUUUUUAAAUUUGAUUGCGUAUUUUGUCUUCCAUUCAACCAUAUCAGUUGGGUAUUCUUGCCUACCAGAAAAUAUCUAUAAAUAUAUUUAUAUUUUUUUACAUUUGUAUUUUAUAACUUGUAUAAUCUUAAACAUUUAAUAAAUUUAUACAUGACCUUAAAUUUAUUAACACAAGAAAUUAAUCAUUAAAGGUAGU